AUCUUUUGGUGCACGGUUCUGCCCAUCCGCCAUCAACGCGGACGCGCCCGUCAAGGAAGGUUGUCGCGUCAUAGAUCCCCAUCCUCCUUCCUCCCCAUCUGCUCCCCGCCAUCAACGCUCUCCAUGGAAGUCGAGUCCGCGAUGCUCGCGUCGUCCCUAAACCCCGCCCCGACUCUCUCCGCGUCCGCGACAACCCGAUUUCCAGCGUCCUCCACCCCGAAUCGCCGCCCCGGCUCUCUCCAUGGAAGGCGCGUCUGCGACAGCCCGAUCUCCGUGGAAGGCGUGUCCUCCUCCCCAGAUCGUCGUCCCGGCUCUCUCCACGCCCGUGACAGCCUGCUCUCUAUGGAAGGUGAGUCUGCGAUGCUCACGUGGAUUGGGUACCCCGCCCCCGCUCUCUCCAUGGAAGGCGUGUCUCCGAUAGCCGCAUCCUCCCUUGCGAACCGCGUGCGUCAUGGCAACACGGGCGAGGCGGUGGGGAGUCUGGUGGACGCGCAUCACGGUGAGACGAACGGGGGCAAGGGCAAGGGAUAUAUUUUCCAUCCGGGGCGGAUGUGGAGAGGUUCUUCAAACUCUGUGACCCUGAGAACUACAAUUUAUGCUCAAGUCAAUGCUGCUCUUCGCAAAAUAAGAGACACAUCAGAGUUUGUCCAAUCUUUUGCAUCAGAGCAUCUUAAGACGCCAUUAGAAGAACUUGUGAAAGGUAAUAAAAACAAGUCCACCACUGAGUUAUGGGUAGAGAAAUUCUAUAAGAAGGUAACCAAUCUACCGGAGCCUUUUCCCCAUGAUCUUGUUGAGAAGUUAGAAGAAUACCUGGAUAAACUUGAAGGGCAACCCGUGGACUUGUCUUCCUUAUUGUAUGACCACCAGCUGAUCGAUGCAUAUCAAAACAGUACCGACAUCCUGCAAAGCACUAUUUUUACACAACAGUAUGUGGAACGUGUUCUAGCUAACGAGAGAGACAAGAUGAAAUGCUGUAGCAUUGAAUAUAGUCAUCCAAAGCAGUCAUCCCAGGCUUUUGUCUAUGGAGGGAUCCUUCUGGCUGGAUUUAUUGUGUAUUCACUGAUCAAUGCUUGUUGCAACAUCAUAGUGCACCUGAUGGGGAAUCCAACAUGUUUCACGUGACAUGUAGGGGAAGGCAUCGAAAAAGGUGAAGGUUGUAGAAAAGGGCCCUAAAAAGGGCACGAUGAAAGCCCAACUUGCUAAGAGAGGUAGGAAGGCUAAGAAUUGAUGACAUGUUGAUUUCCUCGUCAGAGAAAAAAAUGCUAUAGCAACAAAGAUGAGAAUUCUUCAACGCAUUAGCCAUCGUUGUGAGGCGCAUCAUCAAUUCAACAUCAUGUAGUGCUGGUUUUAGAGAGAAAGGCAACAUGUAAAGCUAUAAAUGUUGUGUACUCUACGAGUGUUCAGCUUUGGAUCAUUGAAAAGAUCAAGAUGUUGAACU